AUGGGCGUCGCGGCGGCCGAGCUCCGGCGCCCGCUGUGGAGGAGCGGGAAUCUCCUCGGAUCUCUGGCGCUCUCCGGCAUYGUGGGCAUCAUCUCGUGCAAGAGGCCCUUGACACUCGUGGUCGCCUUCUUCGCGCUGCUCUCAGCGCUGGGCGUCGCGCUGAGCCUGGCGGGCGCCGUCCUCUCGUGCCGCAGCGCCCGGCUCGUGGCGUCGCUGGAGGCCUGCGAGAGGGAGCGCGACGCCUGCGUGUGCUGCCGGGCCCGGCCGGCGGCCGCCUCCUGCGGCGGCCAGAGCGAGACGCUCGCCCUGUUCGCGCAGCCCGACUGCCGCGGCCUCCGCGCGGCGCUCAAGGACCUGCUGUUCAGCGUCUGCRGCUUGACCGUCUGCUCCACCGUGGCCUGCGCCCUCUCCGCCGCUGUCUGCUGCCUUCACGUCUUCGUCCCGCGCGGCGCCCACGGGCCGCUGCCGCAGCGCUCGGGCUCGUCCGAGUGCGCCUGGCCGCCCGGCGCUCCGCUGCCCGCCGAGGAGCCCGACGAGUUCGUGCCGCCCGUGCCGCCGCCGCCCUAUUACCCGCCCGAGUACACGUGCAGYUCCGAGACGGACGCGCAGAGCAUCACCUACGACGGCUCCAUGGACAGCCCCGGGCUGCUCUACCCCAGCGACUUCCCCCCCUCCUACGAGACCGUCAUGGGGCUGCGGGGUGACAGCCAGGCCACGCUGUUCGAGCUGCAGCCAGCAGCAGCCUGGCGGGCGGCUGCCCUGCGCGGCAGCGGCUCCCUGGGCCCGGGCGACAGCAGCCCCUCGGAGGACUCGUGCCUGCUGGAGCCGCCGGGCGCGCUCGACUACGUGCUCUACCGCUCCAUCCAGCGCAGCCGGGCCGAUUACUGCCUGAGCGUGGACUGCGUGCGCUGCAGCCACCACCCGCGCAGCCCCCCGCUGGCGGCGCGCGGCCCCUUCGAGGAGGCGCCGGCGGCACGGGCGCGUGGCGAGCGCUCCUACUCCUGCUCCACGGCCGAGCCCGGCGGCGACGGCGACUCCUCGUGCCCCUCGUCCCCGGGCUGGCGGCCACUCGCCAGGUGGCACAGCGACCCCGGCGCGCUGGCGGUGGCCAGGGACGACGAUUUCAGGGAAGUUCUUUAUACCAAAGCACUGGAGGACACCGUGUCCGACUCCUCCACGGAUACAGGGCCGUGCUCGGAGAGCUGGCUGCUCCGGCGGCCGCCGCGGCUCCUGCGCGCCGGCUCAGCCGGGAAGAGCAAGGAGGCGGCAGGCGGGAAGACAGCGCCGCUGCGGCUCUCCAAGACGGCCGCCCGCUCGCUGGGCGACCUCAAGGGCUGCCGUGGCACCCGUGGGCUCAUGGCCAGGUUCCUGCAGCGGCCCAAGCGCCUCGAGGUGCCCGCACACAAGCAGGCGCCGCGGAGCGGACGCCCGGGYGCCGAGGGCAUCCACCUGCAGAGCUGCGGCGACCUGAGCUCCUCGUCGUCCCUGCGCCGCCUCCUGUCCGCGCGGCGCCUGGAGCGCGGCCGCCCGCACAGCCUCGGCGGCAAGGACAGGCUGGUGCUCACGCUGGACCCCGCGCAGCGCUACCAGAAGGUGAAGGGCUUUGGCGGCUCCGUCACCGACGCGGCUGCCAUCAACAUCCUCUCGCUGCCCGAGCGGGCGCAGGAGCAUCUGCUGCGCUCCUACUUCUCCGAGGAAGGUGGGCACCRGGCGCUGCAGGGCACCGGGCCGCCCGGGCACCGCCAGCGUGCGGAGCCCCCCCGCUGCCUCCCGUGUGCCCGGCAGGGCUGGAGUACAACCUGA